ACUAUAAAUCCGGCAGAACCAAGUACUCUAAUCCCGCAAAAAUGGCCGCUCUGGCCAGUUUGACCGCACAGUACACGGACUCCGAGAACGAAGGCGAUGCCAGUCCGGAUUCCCAAAAUUCGACAGCGUCCCAGGUGAUCAUACCAAAGCGUCCAUCGCCCACGCCUGUCAAGGAGGAGCCGCGGCCCAAAAAGUCCAAGAAGAAGACGAAGCGGGCCAAGAAAGUGCGGCGCCUGGUGAGCUACCAGGACGACACACUCAUCUCCGACGAGGAGGAAGAUCGCGCCCACGAGCCUAGCGAGGAGGAGUCCAGCAGCGACAGCGAUAACUCUGGUGGGGACAGCGAUGGUGCCAAGGCCACGAACAGCGCCAAGGUCGAGGGAGAAGCCGAGGGAACACCCAUGGAGGUGGACGACGACUCGAAUGUCUACCAGCCCGAUGAACGCACGGCGGAGAGCUAUGAGAAGGACCCAAAAUACGCCAAAUACAAGUUCCAGCUUCCGCCAGAGCCCAAGGGGAAGCCGUCACCAGAGCUGGUGUCCAAAAUAACCAAAAUGUACACGAAAAUGCGGCAGACCAACAUGGACAUGAAUCGGGUCAUUCAGGACCGCAAGGAGUUCCGCAAUCCCAGCAUUUACGACAAGCUGAUAAGCUUCUGCGACAUCAAUGAGUUCGGCACCAACUAUCCGCCGGAGAUCUACGAUCCACUGCGGUGGGGCGAGGAGUCUUACUACGAGGCCCUAUCGGCCGUGCAGAAAACGGAGAUGGUGAAGCGGCAGAAGGAUCGCAAGGAGGUGGACAAGGUAGAGCAGGCCACGGCGCUUGCACGCAAGGUGGAGGAGGAGGCCAAGAAGCGCAAAUCCAAGUGGGAUCAACCGGCCUCAUCAUCCAGCGUUAAGCAAACCCUGCCUGCUCUCACCACCACAGUGACUGGCACCAAGGGCACGGUCAUAUCUGCUUUCGGCUCUCUACCCAAGAAGCCAGCGGCUUAGAUUUUAGCUCCUAUUAUUAGUAUGUUAUAUUAUAUGCGGGCAGUACCGUCUGUAAAAACAAAUAAAUUUAAGAUUGACGGCUUUAAAAGUA